AUGUAUUGGGGCGGUCUUUGUUCAGAAUUCGGUCAACACUAUCCUGUGGUGGCCAAACUCCCAUGUAACUGCACGAACAACAUGGACGAAUAUGAAGCAUGCAUUCCUUUGUUGAAUAUGUUCAUCGAUAUGAAUGUCCACGAGUUUCUGGUUAUUGGAGAUUCAGAUUCGUUGAUUCAUCAAGUUCAAAAAGAAUGGGCCGUGAAGAACCCAAAGAUCACGCCGAUUGAGUUCAAACAUACUCCUAAAACACAGAAUGAGUUGGCUGAUCCUCUUGCCACCAUUGCCACAAUGAUCAAACAUCCGGAUACUGAUUAUAUUGAUCCUCUAGAUAUAGAGAUAAAAGAGCAGCCAGUUCAUUGUUCCCAUGUUGAAGUGGAACCAGAUGGUUUGCCAUGGUGUUUUGAUAUCAAGAUAUAUUUAGAGUUUGGAACUUUUCCUGAUAAUUCGACAUUUAACCAGAAGAAGUUGAUACGCCGUUUGGACCUCAACUUCUUUCUAAGUGGGAAAGUAAUUUAUAGGAGGACUCCAGAUUUUGCUCUUCUCAGAUGUAUCGAUGCUGCUGAAACUGUGAAGCUUAUUAAACAAAUACACGCAGGAGUCUGUGACAAACAUAUGAAUGGACUCACUUUGGCGAGGAAUAUCCUUCGAGCCGGUUAUUUUUGGAUGACUUUGGAGCAUGAUUGUUGCAGUUCAUCUUGGUCGUUUGUACCUUGGGGCAUGAAUGUCAUCGGUCCAAUAGAGCCAGCACCUUCUGAUGGACAUAGAUUGAUUUUGGUUGCUAUUAACUACUUCACCAAGUGGGUGAAAGCAGCUUCGUACAUGUCGGUGACUAAGAAAGUUUUGGCUGAUUUUGUUUGCAACAAUCUGAUAUGCUGGGUUGGAGUACCGGAAUCUAUCAUUACUGAUAAUGGUGUGAAUCAAAAUAGUUAUUUGAUGAGAGAUAUAUGUGAGCAGUUUAGGAUUACUCAUCAAAACUCAACCGCUUAUCGCCCUAAAAUGAAUGGAGUUGUAGAGGCCGCCAAUAAGAACAUCAAAAAGAUUAUAAGGAAAAUGAUUGAUAAUCACCGAGGUUGGCACGAGAUGUUUCCAUAUGCUUUUUGGGAUACCAAAUGA